GCGAGGAAGUUGACAUCACGAAUUCACUUCGGCAUCCCAAACUCCUUCAGCUCGGAGCUGCUUAUGAACGACAGAGAGAAAUGGUUAUGGUCAUGGAGUAGAAUCAUGUGUGGGCGGCAGGCAUGGGUGGGUGUAUCGUGGGCGUGUGUGCUAUGGGUGUGGUUAGCUACGGACCUGUCAGCGGCUCCAGCAACUAAAAAUGAAGGGAAUUCUACAAUGGUAACAGUGCCGUCAGACUUGCUGGUACAGUUACUGGACGUCAGCAGGUCGUUACAGAAGUUACUACCAGCUGACAUCCUCAUCCCCCUGCUUGAUGUCAGCCCCAAGGAAGUACUGGCUCGGGUUAACGACGAAGGACCAAACUCACUGUUAACUCUGGCUCUACGUCACCACGCUCUACUGCAACAACGUAACGAAGAUUUACUCACCCAACAAGGUCGUUGUACUGCCCAGAUCGAGUCUCCACAGGAGGAUAAACAAGAACUCCGUCUACAGCUACAGAGUGAAGGACUGCGCCGGUCAUCAGACUGAAGGGGCGACCGAGAGUGGAAUGUAUGAAAUUUACCCAUCAGACUGGCAGAUGAGCGUAAGCGUAUUGUAGGAGGAAAACUGGAAGUGAAAAUUCGGGUGAGGAAUCCCAUCGUCACAAAGCAGCUUGAAAAGGUCACAGAGAAAUGGUUGGUUAUUGAUGGUUUUUGAAAAUUAAGAAUUAAACUUGUGAACAGAAAAUUUUGCAAUGCAUUAUAUAUGAUUAAAACUGGAGAUUCUUCAUAAAAAAAAUGAUUUUGCUUUGCCAUGACUAUCACUGUGUACAGUAUUGAAUACAAAAUACUGACGAUUGUGAGUGAACUAUGUUAAAGAAUUAUGCCAUAGGACUUUAUUUAAUAAAGUAGACUUGAACCCUCUAAUUUGGACUUUGUGGUAUAUCAGUAAUUUUUUGUGAUGUUGAAUGACUUGGCAUUUUUUUACAAUGAGCCCCAAAUAUUAAAAGUACACUGCAAGUUGUCAAAUUUAUCCCACAUGUCUGAUAAGUCUUUUACUUGUGGUUCCACAUAAAAUAACACCACCUCAGGCCUAGUGCAAUAGGGAUGCUUUGUCUGAAUGUCCUUGUUCAGGUGGGAGUUAAACUAUGUGCAUAAAUCUUCAUUUUGUACAGCAUUACUACUAAAUUCUGUAUAAUUCCCCAAGUACCAUUCAUCUUUUAUGUGGAAAAUUGCAGUGUUCCCCUUUAGAGCAAACAUCAUUUUACCCUGCACAAACACAUAUAAAGGCAGCAGUUGCUUGAGUUUCCGAAAAAGCUACAUAAUCUUGACAAUGACUCUGAAUAAUUAGGACCCUUUUGGUAAUUCAACAAGAGAAAACCCAAAGCUGUCGAAUUAGAAGAGUUUGAGUGUAUAAUGUUUCAGAGCUUAAUUUUAUAGCCAUUGUUAAGUUCUCUGUUGGUGUAUUUUCACAAAAUGGGCCAGGAAAAUGACACUGAUCUGUCCAAUAUAUUUUAGGCAUCAUAUUAAUAUUAUAUUAUUAAGUGCUAAUCAAAUACAGUAGACCCUCGAUAUACUGCGAUUCGAUACUAUACUUUUGAGAUAGUGCAUCACCCAAAAUUACUCCUAUUUUUCAUCAUUGCACUGUGAAACUCUAAUAAUGUGCAGAGGUAAUCUCAGAAAAAAAUAACAAAAUAAUAAUGACACAAGACUCUUCACUAUAGCCACAUCUCCCUAACCCUUAAGGCCAAGUUGUGAGCUAUGUCAUGGUUAUUAUUCAACUCGCAUUUUUGGGUAGGUACCUGUACUGUAUACAUGUACAUAUUUAUUUUUUAUUAUGUCACAUGCACACAAUAUUACAUACAUAAUGUGCAAAAAAAAAGUCAUUGUCAUAAGGUAAAAACAGAAAAGGGAAUACAUUUCUUUGUGUGUUCAGAGUUCAUGCUAAACAGGGAAGGGGGGAGGAGUGAGAGAUCUCCGCUGUCUCUCGUGUGCAGUGAAACAAUUGAAAAAUUUCAUCAUCCAGCAGCCAAAUAGGAAUAGAGGAUUUUUUGUUUUAUUUUAUUUAUUAGAUUUAUUUUGAUUUAGUCAUCACAUUUAUUGUUACAGUAGAACAUCGAUAUAAAGCUAUUUAAUUUAAGAUUAUUGAUUUAAAGCGACACCCACAAUUAAGGACAAUGUUUUAAUUUAAAGCUUUUCUUUCAUAUUUUGCGCGAGUCAAUUUUGCGCCUAAUGUUUCCCACCAGACGCGUCUCUGGGCACGCUACACGGAUGCCCACCACCCUCUCACACCCUCACACAUCCUCAAUUCUCGCACUGACGCUCAAGUGAACGGACAUAUUGUGUGACACUAUUCCCUUCUACUACGUGCAUCAACCAUCGCCACUAUGUCCAUGAGGCCUGCUACUACUUCAUUAGCUUCCCCAAAGACCAAGAAAUCCAGUCAAGCAAUUACACUGGAGCAGAAAAAUAAGGUGCUGGAGGCACUGCACCGUGGAAAUGGUGUUUCCCGUGUGUCAGAUGUGUCCACAUCCACAGCACUAGACAGUGAUGUGGAUGAUGAGCUGGUCGAGUUGGGCUCUGCAUCUUCAGAGAAUGAAUUGCCUAACUAAAGUUGAGUGAAAAUCUAUUUUUGAUAGCAUAAAAUAACUAAAAAAUAAAUUGAGAAGAAAGUGAGAGCUGGAUGAGUCAGG